GAAAAUAGUUCAGUCAACGCACAGCAAAAGCAACCGCAAGUUCGAAGGACUUUAGUUAGAAAAGCGCUACACAGAGACCUAUAGGACACAUCAUGUCAUACUACGACGACGAACGCCGCCAUCAUCAUCAUCAUCAUCACCAUGGACGUCCCAUUGUGGAGGUGGACAUAGUUCCACCAAGAAUUCCGCGUCCUAUUGUAGAGAUUGACGUUGGCUCUCGCUAUCCCUCCUACCGACCGGAAGUGGUUGAGGUGGUCACACCAGCAGCUGUCUACCAGCCCCCACCACAACGCCCCAUCGUCGAGGUAGAUGUGGUGCGACCCAGCCGACCACUCAUCGAGUUCAACAUUGGCGGACGUCGUCCACCUCGCGAGGAGGUCAUCAUUGUACAAGAGCAGCCUAGGUGGUGAACUGGUUACCUGAUGAGAUGUGUCAACUAAUUGAAAAAUCAUUUUAAAUGCUUCUUCUUUUAAUUCAAGUGUGAA